AUGGACAUGCAGCACAGCCAGUGGCUUGUUAGCCAGGGAAGAGAAAUUCUGGACAACCUAUGGGAUGUGAGUGAUUCAGAUCUAUAUUGUGAAUGGAAGUCAGAGAAAAAAGAGAUUCAUAAGAGUCUUUUAACAAGUGCCCCACCUAACAAAAAUGGACUUUGCAUAGCAAUUUUGAAUCUACUCCACACAUACUGUUAUUUAAACACUUACAGAAAGCUAUUAUCUUCCCCCCACCCUCUACAAAGCAUCUCUAGGGCACAUAUUAUUGCAAGGCUUCUAUUUUCAUCCUUGCAACCAGUGUUCUGAGCUUACAGAGCUUAUCGUGUUUAUUAUAUAACAACAAGACACAAGCCAAAACAACUUGGUGGGUUUUUAAACAUAGCAACAGCAAAAAUCUUUUCUGGGCUUGAGGAAGAGACACUUCAAUUCAACAAUUUUCUGGUCUAUGGGAUGAAAAGUCUAAAACUGGUCGUGAAGUGCUCCCUGGUUGGGAUUCACAGGCUGCCUCCCAAAGGAGUCUUGCCUGUGUGGCGAACGCUCUUGGAGGAAAGAGAAAGGCACGAAACAGGGACCCUUCAAAGUUGGCACCGUGGUAUCACUCUGUGGCACAGGGCUUGUUCCUCCCUUUUGUUUCCUUUUCUAAUGGGGGGACCAUUAGCAGUUGUAUUCAGAUGA